GGGCGGAGUCAGAAAACAGGGGGGCCGGACUGGGAAGAAAUCAAAACAAAGAAAGCACAUGGACUUGACCAAAACAAAAGCACAUGGAAGACUGGGAGAGGCCAAUCUUGACACAUGCAUAUUUCUACAGGUGGAAUUCUAUCAUUAGGAAAAUGUGGAAUACUUUACCUGCGCGGAUUUCUACUGUUAUGAAUCUGUGGAAUUGCAUGAAUGUGUGGAUUCUACUGUUAAGAAUAAGUCAGUUUCUAAUCUUAUGUAUACAUUGAUCCUCAUGUAUAAGGACUGUAGUUGGUGUAAAAGGACCUGUCAGAUGAAACGUAAAUGUGGAAUUCUAGCAUUUGUGACAUAACAAUAGUUCUAUAACAAUGUAUAUUCUCACUGCUAUGAUGAAAUAAGAAUGUGUGGAUUCUAGUCUCAUAUUUCUAUUGUUUAUAUUUCUACUGGUGGAAUUCAAUUCUAUACUUAGGAAAAUACUUAAAACGUGUGGGUUUGCGGUGCUGUGAAUGUGCGGAUUUUUACUGUUAUGAAUCUGUGGAAUUGUAUGAAUGUGCGGACUCUACUGCAAUGAACAUGUGAACUUCAGUUCUCCCGUGUUCGUGGAUCCCAGCGCAGAAGGACUGUAGUUGCUGUAAAUGGAUGUGAUGGAUUAAAGGGCAAAGCCUGGUCAGUCACGCCCUAACUCCGCUGCAUACUGAUCCGUCCAUGAGUGCUGAGCCCUCCCUCUCCAUCUGAGGCUCAACUUCACUCAUCCUCUCCUGCAGCACGGACAGGGUUAAGCGCGCGUCGUUUGUCUGCACAGUGCAGGUGCCACCGCGGGAGUUUAGCACCGGAAUGCCACUGCGGUCUUCCCUCAUGGAAUUCCACAAGUCUCUGGAUUACUCUUUGCCAGUUUCUCAAGCCUUUUUUCAUCUCGUGCGUAAAUGUGCUGCGUCGUGGUGGAUGAUGGAACGUGACGCGCAGCGACGGCGCUGAGCCCGGAGCUCGGACGCAGCUGCAGAGUUUGGCGCUGUUGAUUGUCUUUCCUUUUCGUCGCUUUCAGGGCUGAUUUAGACGAUGCAGGCGUCUCCUUUUGCGCGUCGCAGCGUUGUGCACCCGGCUGCUUCCCGCGCCUUUCGCGCACGAGCGAAAAUAAGACUGAGCAAAUGUUUAAAGCCUUUGUAAAACGCGGGUCACCCGUUUUCUUUCUUCCUGCAAAGAGAUGCAAAGCGACGUUGUUUUUGCAACACGUGCACGCGCGCGCGGAAACACAGUUCGUAACUUUGGAGUUUUUGGGGGGCUUUUUUCGCGCAGAGCCACAAGGCGAGCGGAAGGUUGCUGGCUGUUGCGCUGCUCGCGCGGACACCCACUCGCGUCGUGGUGGUGUUCUUUCUUCUUUUUUCACCCCCCUCUUCUCCACGCUCGAGCUCUCCACACCUCGGGCUCGCGCUGAGCAAUGACGGCUCGAGGGCUCGCGCUGCUUCUGCUGCUCUUCUUACCCUUCCUCGUGCUCCUUCUCGCCCCCGCCGCGUGCCUCGCGCACCCGCAGCCGUGCCAGGUGCUGAAGCGCGUGGGCCACACGGUGCGAGUGGGAGCCCUGCACCUGCAGCCCCGCGCGGUCCGGCAGCAGCAGCACGGCCUCAGGAGGAAAACUUUCGACCGCGAGUGGGAGUGGGAGUGGGAGCGGGAGCGGGAGCGGGACGCGGGCCACGCGGAGAUGGAAGUAUCGGCUAAAAGCGGGAACGAGCUGGGCGCGAGGGCCGUCAGGACCAGAGGCUCGAGCGGCGGCAGCCAAAAAGGCGCGAAAAGUAAGAACGCGCUCAAACAAGUGGAGACGGAGAGCGCGUUUGUGCCCAGAGACUCCAUCCUGCUGGCGACCGAGACGCUCAACCGCCUGCCGGGUCUGUUACCCUACAACCUGUCGCUGGAGAUCGUAAUGGCCGUCGAAGCUGGACUAGGAGAGCUACCGGCCUUCUCCUUCUCUUCCUCCUCCUCCUCCUCUUCCUCCUCGACGCCGGUGUGCGCCGACCCGGUGUCUUUUCUUCACAGCGUUUGCCACACGGUCAUCGUCCAAGGAGUCGCUGCAAUCAUGGCGUUCCCUCAGAACAGGGACGAGUUGGUCAAGUUGGAGUUUAUUUCUUCGUCGCUUCGGAUUCCGGUCGUCAGUGUCGUUCAGAAAGAGUUCAAGCGGCAGAGUCAGAACUCCCUUCACUUCCAGAUGGCCAUGCAGAAUCCCCCAACUCCUCAGGCUGAUCUAAUCUUCUCUCUCCUGUCCAUUAAUAAUUGGUAUGAUGUCAGCUUGUUGAUGUGUCAGGAACUAAACAUUUCCAGAUUUGUCUUCCUGCUCCGCAACAACUCCAGAUUUCACCUAGGAUCUGUUGUUAACAUUUCCACUACCAACAGCAGCAACAAAGGUGACUUUCACACAUUGCUGCAGGGUUAUCUGGACUCCAUCAAGGACCCUACAUCCACCAUAGUGACCUUUGGAUGUGAUAUCCGAGACAUAAAAAGGAUUUUUACAACUGUAGCAAAGUUUGGGUUAAUGCUGCCUGACUACCACUGGAUUUUAGGCGAUUCCCAAAAUGUGGAGGAGUUAAGGACAGAGGGGUUGCCGAUGGGCCUUCUGGCACAUGGGCGAAUGGUGCAACCAUCUCUGGAUCACUAUGUCCAGGAUGCCUUGGAGCUAGUCACGAGGGCUGUUGGAUCGGCUGCAAUGGUUUCUCCAGAGCUUGCGCUCAUUCCUGGCAUCACAAACUGCAUGGCAAUUGAGGAGAAAAAUCUCACCUCAGGAAAAUUUCUCUCCAGGUUCAUGGCCAACAUGUCAUUUGAUGGGCUAAGUGGGUACGUUCAUGUUCAAGAGGAAUCUACCGUUAUCUCUGAAAGCCAUCACUUUAUCUGGAACUUGCAGCAUGACCCUAUAGGAAAUCCUAUGUGGACUCGUCUUGGUAGUUGGAAGCAGGGGAAAGUAGUAAUGGACUAUGGAGCUUGGUCCAGCAAGAGGCAGUCUUACCCUGGGGGCGACUGGAGGCAUUCCUCAAGGCUGCAUUUGCGGGUAGUCACCCUGGUGGAACAUCCUUUUGUGUUCACCCGUGAGGUGGAUGAGGACGGCCAGUGCCCCGCAGGGCAGCUUUGCCUGGACCCACUAACGAACAAUACAGCUCUGCUGCAGAGCCUUUUUCAGGGCCUUCAGGGGGGCAAUGACACUGUGCCCAUGGAACUGAAAAAAUGCUGCUACGGCUACUGCAUUGACCUGCUGGAAAAGUUAGCUGAGGAUAUGGGCUUUGACUUUGACCUCUACAUUGUGGGGGAUGGAAAAUAUGGCGCCUACAAGAACGGCCGCUGGACAGGUCUAGUGGGGGACCUCAUGAGUGGGGCGGCACACCUGGCAGUCACCUCUUUCAGCAUCAACUCAGCUCGCAGUCAGGUGAUAGACUUCACCAGUCCAUUCUUCUCCACCAGCCUGGGUAUCCUGGUCAGGACUAGAGAUACAGCUGCACCGAUUGGAGCCUUCAUGUGGCCUCUGCAUUGGAGUAUGUGGCUUGGAAUAUUUGUGUCCUUACAUGUGACGGCGGUGUUUCUUACUCUGUAUGAGUGGAAGAGUCCUUUUGGGAUGACCCCAAAGGGAAGGAACAGGGACAGAGUUUUUUCCUUUUCCUCAGCACUUAACGUUUGCUAUGCCAUUUUGUUCGGAAGGACAGCUGCUAUUAAGCCCCCAAAGUGCUGGACGGGCCGAUUUCUCAUGAACCUUUGGGCCAUUUUCUGUCUGUUUUGUCUGUCUACAUACACAGCCAAUCUAGCCGCUGUAAUGGUUGGAGAAAAAACCUAUGAGCAGCUCUCAGGUAUACACGAUCCGAAGCUCCAUCAUCCAUCACAGGGUUUCCGGUUUGGGACGGUGCGGGAGAGCAGUGCUGAGGAUUAUGUGAAAAAAAGCUUUCCGGAGAUGCACGAAUACAUGAGGCGAUAUAAUGUUCCUACAACCCCCGAUGGAAUAGACCACCUUAAAGAUGAUCCUCAGAAACUAGAUGCUUUUAUCAUGGACAAAGCCCUCUUAGACUAUGAAGUGUCUAUUGAUGCUGACUGCAAAACACUCACAGUGGGGAAGCCAUUUGCAAUUGAAGGCUAUGGCAUUGGUCUCAAACAGAAUUCUCCCCUGACUUCAAACAUCUCUGAGUUGGUCAGUCAGUACAAGUCAGAUGGAUUUAUGGACAUGCUUCAUGAUAAGUGGUACAAAGUGGUCCCCUGUGGAAAAAGAAGUUUUGCUGUCACAGAGACUUUACAGAUGGGGAUCAAACACUUCUCAGGGUUAUUUGUAAUGCUCUGCGUGGGAGUUGCCUUGUCUCUCCUCACCACUGUUGCUGAACACAUUGUCCAUCGCUGGGUGAUACCCAGAAUGCAGAACAAGCCACAGUACAAGUACUGGCUUCACACAAGUCAAAGAUUACAUCGAGCACUUAACCCGACCUUCAAUGAAGACAAAUUAGCAACUGUUGCGAAACCAGAAAAAAGGUGCAACAUUGGAAAUAACCAACAGCCUCUGUGGAAUAUCUCUGAGAAUUCCAUAUGUACUCGGCAGCAUUCAUCCAAUCAGGAGGGGCAACAGAACGACUUGGAGUGUUUACAGUGCAAAGAGCUCCCUCCCCCGCAGGUGAAAAGACAGCUUCCCCUACAGGCCACCUCCAACGGGAAAACAGACUUGCUGGGCCUGGCACGCAACCCCAUUGUGCAGGAGCUGACAGACUUGGAGUCACAGAUCCAGAUCAUCAAACAGCAGCUGCAGCUAGCCAUGAAGAAAAAAAAGGAACUGGAGCAGUAUCAACAAACAAAAAUGGCAAGUGAGCCCUAGAGCUUUUGGAGCUCUUUUUGUUGCUCGACUCGUGCACUUGCAGCAUUCAAACACUUGGACCUAAUGGUGGAUUAAUUCAAUUCUGCUUCCUAAGGGGGCAAGGCUGUCUCAGUGUUCCUCUGCACAUGUUUUAUUUUUUGUUUAAAAAAAAAAAAAAAAAAAAAAAAAAAAGCAGUGUUAUUUUUCUCUAUUUAUUUACUUUGAAUGUCACACAGAACCAACUACUCUGAUGUGAAAAAGGAUGUUGAUGAGGGACAAAAGGAUCGAGAAAUUUGGAUACAGCAAGCAUUUUCCUAGAGCAUUGCUUUUCUGGUACUGUAGCGUAUGUUUGUGUGGGACUCCUCUGAAGACAGUUUGACUGUCCAAGGGGAAAGCAUUCUGUGUAUCAAAGCGACAGCCAUUUAUUUAAGGUGUCAAAGUGUGAUGUAUGGUAGCACCUCCUGCAUAUUGAUAUAAAGCGCUAAACCGUUUUACAGAGGAAAGCAUGAUUGCCGUCACUUGGUUUGCAAAGGGAGAGUCUUAACUGUGAACUGUUAAAGGGUUUACAGUCAGUCUAUUAAUUAAAAAGAAGCUUUGACAUACCUUUACAUUUGA